AUGUUCAGUGACUAUUCCGACAGAUAUUUUGAUCGAAUCUUUGAGAAAAGAAAAAAUUGUAGUGUUUUGACACGGAAAAAUGAGGAAGUCCCUCAGCAUAUCAACGAGAACUUGUUUCCCACCAUGCGUUUUUCAAGUGAGCUGCUUACUGAUGGUGGUGGUAGUGCUGGUGCUAGUAGUGAUGAUGGUGGAAAUGAUGAUGGUGGCGGUGGUGAUGGUGGUAGUGGUAGUGGUAGUGGUGGUGAUGGUGCUGGUGCUAGUGGUGAUGAUGAUGGAAAUGAUGAUGGUGGUGGUGGUGGAGGAGGAGGAGCUGAUACUGGAGGAGAUGGUGGUGGUAGUGGUGAUGAUGGUGACGAUACUGGUGGAGGUGGUGGUGGUUGCAUAACCUGCCUCCAACGAAUUCCCAAAUUAUGCUUUGGUGUUGGCGGUGUUGGUGUGCCUCCGUCCUUAUUCCUGUCUACACUUUUUAGCUUUCCGGCAGAAUUAAUGUAG